ACUAAACCAUGUGUGAUUCAGCUUGUCAUUUGUAUUGUUUGCAUGACUCAUGCUACUGUCAUUCAAGUCUACAUUCAUGCUGCAGUCAUUACAAAUACUACAGAUGUUACUGUCGCACAUACCAUCGUUCGUGCUGCUGCUAUUUGUGGAGAAGAAAAUGCUACUUACUUUAAAAAUCGAGCGCAGUUUCAUUUUUCGAGAGAUCACUGUUGAUAGAACUAAUUUUAAGGCGUAAAUCAUAUUUAUAAUAGCAUCAUUGUAUUCCUCUUAAGUGUUCAUAAGUUACUGAAUUAAAUAAAUUAAUAAAA